AUGUGGGGUUUGGACCGACUGUCUGCCCACACUACGCCCUCAGGAACACCCCCCCGACGCGACUCCUACUCGCCAGCUCCCCGACGGCCGUACGCCGGUGCGGGUACAGGGUCAUUGCCUUCUCGACCCGGACUGCCUACUCGAACUUCCUCACUAUCUCUCCUGGGGACUCCCGCGUCAUCUACUACCAGUCUCCCUUCCACAGCGCAUAUCGCCAAUGGCUCGGAACGGAGGCGACCGGGAAAGGGGACAGUUCCUCCAGAUGUGCCCGAUCCAUUGCAGGUACUGGAAUCCAUACUGGGAGGGCCGCCUCGGAAGUCGGCUGUUGCGAAAGAAAAGGAGGUAGCUGCUUCGGUAGGAAGGCCGGAUGAACUAGUCGAAGAGGUAGAUUUUGGUGGUCUCAGUCUGCGUGAAUACGCUGCACCAGGUACAGCAGAUGCACGGCAUUCUCAUUCUCCUGUACAUACACAUAGCGCACAAUCUCUCGAAGAAUAUAAUGCGGAGAAGGAGAGGUUCGAGGAGCUACACAAGUCCAUUGUCGCGUGCGACGAGGUGCUCAAGUCCGUGGAAACCUAUUUGACCAACUUCCAAUCUGAUCUCGAGGCUGUAUCCGCGGAGAUUGAAAGUCUGCAGAACCGGUCAAUAGCUCUGAAUACCAAGCUGGAAAACCGAAAAGUGGUCGAGAAGCUCCUUGGUCCCGCAGUCGAAGACAUAAGCAUAUCACCUUCUGUUGUACGCAAGAUAUCCGAGGGCGCCGUCGAUGAGGGCUUUCUCCAUGCGAUCGCGGACCUGGAAAAGCGCUCAAAGACCAUCCAUACCAAGGCAAAGGACCAUCCAGACAUGAAAGCACUUCAGGACAUAAAACCGCUGAUAGACAACCUGACCAACAAAGCUGUGGAACGCAUACGUGAUUACAUUGUCGCGCAGAUCAAAGCAAUACGGUCGCCAAGUAUAAAUGCGCAGAUCAUACAGCAGCAAGCCUUCCUCAAGUACAAGGACCUGUAUGCAUUCCUCGCGAAGAAUCAACCAGAACUGGCGCAGCAAAUAUCACAAGCUUACAUAUAUACAAUGCGAUGGUAUUACCUCAACCACUUCAGUAGGUACCGCACGGCGCUGGAGAAAGUAAAGCUGCACGUUUUCGACAAAUACGACAUCAUCGGUGAAGACACGUCAGCAAAGCGUUCCGGUGCUCUACUAAGCAACAGGGGCGCACCGCCGUCGUCGCACGAUGCCUUCUCCUUAGGAAGGAGGCAGGAUGUCCUGCGGAAUCCCAAUCCCAAUGCCCUAACCGCCUAUCUGGCUGAGGAAGAAAAGAGCGCUCACUACCUCGAAGUUCCCUUCCGCUCCUUCAAUCUUGCGCUGAUCGACAAUGCCAGCUUUGAAUACACGUUCCUCAGUACCUACUUCGCCCCUUCGCAGAACUACCAUGCUGUCUCGCGCACGUUUGCGGCCAUCUUCGAACCCACUCUGGCGUUAGGCCAGGCUCUCACCAAGCAACUUACCGAGUCAACAACAGAUACCCUAGGAAUUCUCCUCUGCGUCCGCAUUAACCAACACCAUGCGUUCGAGCUCCAGAGGCGCAAAGUUCCGACGGUAGAAGGAUACAUCAAUGCUACCAAUAUGCUUCUCUGGCCGCGAUUUCAGCAGAUACUCGACCUACACUGCUCUUCUCUGCAGAAACUAACUUCCGGCCUGCCCAAUCGUCCUUCUGCUGGUGCCGCCCUCCUCUCUUCCUCAUCCUCCUCAGCUUCAUCCACGGCUCCGACGGCCCUGACUCAGAAGUUUGCAAAUCUCCUCCACGGCAUACUAGCCCUGUCAAGCGAAGCUGGUGAUGACGAACCUGUCAGUGUGUCUGUGGGAAGGAUACGCAGCGAGUUUGAAGCGUAUCUGACCAAAUUCAGCAAGGGGAUUGGGGAAUCCAGGAAGAGGGAGCGUUUCUUGUGCAAUAACUACAGUCUGGUCUGCACGAUUCUCGCUGAUGUAGACGGCCGACUGGCGAGUGAGGUGAGGGGCCAUUUUGAGAGGUUGAGAGAUGCAUUCGACAAGUAG